AUGGCAUAUAAAAAAGUUGGACCAUCACCUAAAGGUUUACCUUUAUUACCUAAAUUAAAAGUCAAAAAGCCUAUAGUAGCAAAAACUACAAAUGAAUGUUUUGUUAUAAUGUCAUCAUUAUUAAAUUGUUGGGCAUCAAAUGGUGAAGGUAAUAAAAAUUGUCUUAAUUUUGAAAAAGAUUUAAAAACAUGUAUGGAAACUAAUAAAGUGGAACCUGAUAAAAUGUCAACUAUAAAUUAUCAUGCUAAAAGAUUAUAUCCAAAAAUAAGUGGUAAAAAAAUAGAUUAA